AGGAGUUGUGUCCGAGGCGACCACAUCACGCGGUAUGCGAGCCAUGCGCGAGGCGAUCUGCAUUCACAUCGGCCAGGGCGGCGUGCAAAUUGGCAACGCCUGCUGGGAGCUCUUCUGCCUGGAGCAUGGCAUCCAGCCGGAUGGUCAGAUGCCGUCGGACAAGACCAUUGGCGGCGGGGAUGAUGCGCGCCUUCGUCCACCACUACGCGGGCGAGGGCGUGGAGGAGGGGGAGUUCUCCGAGGCGCGGGAGGACUUGGCGGCCUUGGAGAAGGACUACGAGGAGGUCGGCAUCGAGACAGCCGAAGGAGAGGGGGAGGAGGAAGGCUACGGCGACGAGUUCUAGGCACUGCUGAGCUGCCGAGCCGAGGGGCCAUUUGUGGACGGUCCAGCGUAUGGCAGCGUCUGGAGUCUGUGAAGCAGCACUCAGGUGCGGAUGUGCCCACGACUGUCUCCAUGCUGGUAAGUGUGCUGGGGAAGCACACUACCCUUCACUACGAAGCAGAUGGUCAAAAGGUCUCCACAACAGGCGGCAACGAGUUUUCCAGCGACUCCGACACAGCUUCCCUGCCCAGCCUGCCCACGAGUUGGCAGGACUCGGCUGAAGCUCUUUGCGGCUACUAUGGUUACUACCAGCCGCAAGUCUACCAGGAGGCGAUGUGCUCAAUACCCAACUCUGGCCAAGGAUUUUGGGACACUGGCGCCGUCGCUGCUGGCGCCGGCGCCGUGACCGCGAUGCCGGGAAGGUUCUGCGUCUUCUGCGGCAAGCCCAAGCACAGCUCGACUCAGCGAUUUUGCUCGCACUGCGGCGAGCCCGUGGUGGCGUGA